GCCGGAAGUGACUGAGCCUCGGAGGCCGAGUCUUUCGGUCAUCUCCGGCCCUUCAAGGGGCGGUUCCCUUAAUUUUCGGAAUUUGCGGAGCUCCCGGAUCCAGCCGAAGCAAUGGGUUUCGGAGACCUGAAAAGCCCCGCCGGCCUCCAGGUGCUCAAUGAUUACCUGGCGGAUAAGAGCUACAUCGAGGGGUAUGUGCCAUCACAAGCAGAUGUGGCAGUAUUUGAAGCAGUCUCUGGCCCACCACCUGCUGACUUGUGUCAUGCUCUGCGUUGGUAUAAUCAUAUAAAGUCUUAUGAAAAGGAAAAGGCCAGCCUGCCAGGUGUGAAGAAAUCUUUGGGCAAGUAUGGCCCUGUCAAUGUGGGAGACACCACAGGAAGUGGAGCUGCAGAUAGCAAAGAUGACGACGACAUUGAUCUCUUUGGGUCUGAUGAUGAGGAGGAAAGCGAAGAAGCAAAGAAGCUAAGGGAAGAACGCCUUGCACAGUAUGAGUCAAAGAAAGCCAAAAAACCUGCACUUGUUGCCAAGUCUUCCAUCUUACUAGAUGUGAAACCCUGGGAUGAUGAGACAGAUAUGGCAAAACUAGAGGAGUGCGUCAGAAGCAUUCAAGCAGAUGGCUUAGUCUGGGGAUCUUCUAAGCUGGUUCCAGUGGGGUAUGGAAUUAAAAAACUUCAAAUACAGUGUGUAGUUGAAGAUGAUAAAGUUGGAACAGAUAUGCUGGAGGAACAGAUCACUGCUUUUGAGGACUAUGUGCAGUCCAUGGACGUGGCUGCUUUUAACAAGAUCUAAAAUCUAUCCUGAAAUAAAAGCUUGAAAGAU